AUGUCUUAUAACAACCAGCAGUACGGUGGAGGUGGCUAUGAAGGCCGUUCCAAUGAAGGAUACGGCAACCAAGGCCAAGGCCAGGGCCAGGGUGGCUAUGGUGGUGGUGGUGCCUCCAACGAUUAUUACGGCAACAACCAGAACCAAAACCAGUAUCAGAGCCAGAACCAGGGCUACGGUGACCAACAAGGCUCCCACAGUGGAGGCUACGGCAACAACAACGACAACUACAACAACGAACGCUACGACAACCAAAACCAGGGAUAUGGCUCCCACAACAACAACAACGACAACGACCGUCCCUCCUCGCACGCCGGCUACAACGCCCAAUUCUCUUCCAACUCCAACACAAACUCAAACUACAACAACAGCAACUCAGACUACAACUCAACAGACCUCUCCAGCGCGGCAACGCACGCCUCCGAGAACCACAGCAGCGAAGAUAAAUCCCUCUUCGACACAGCCCUAUCCUUCCUAACGAAGAACAAUCACUCUUCUUCUUCUUCCGACAUCGACGAACAACAAGCCGUAAACGCACACCAAGCCAUGUACGGCUCGAACUCAUCCAACCAGAAACACGACUCGAACACCGUUGGUGCCGGCGCUGCUAUGGAGGCUUUGAAGAUGUUUACGUCCGGCGGCAAGGAUGAUGGCGGUAUGGAUAAGAAUAAGCUGAUCGGGCUGGCUAUGGCGCAGGCGGGGAAGUUGUGGGAUGAGAAGAAUGGGAAUGGGGGGAAUGUGUCUGGUGAUAAGCAGUCUGCUGUUAAUUCUGCUGCGGAGGUUGCGUUGAAGAUGUAUUUGAAGAGUCAGGGGGGUGGGAUUGGGGGGACUGGGGGUGCUAGUGGGCUUUUGAGUCUUGCUAUAGUGUAA